AUGUUGGCGUCUUGUUCUCUAGCUGCAAUACUGGCAGCCUGUCUACACUUUACGAACGCUGUGGACGUGUAUUUAUCUCCUUCAGCCUUGUAUCUUCACUCGGAUUUGUCGCCAGAGGACGCGAGCACUGCGCUUUCUCGGCACCUUGGACUCGAGGCUUUUGAACCGUUGUGGGGAAAUUCAGAUCCUGUAUACAGUGAAGAGCUUUUUGUAGGACAAGGGCCUAAGAGUGCGCUUCUCGUCACUGUCGAAGAAAGAGACGCACCAGUAUUGUCGACAUACCUACAUCAAGCCAGCACCAACUUCGCGUCCAUCUUUUCUUCUUUCCAAUUCGGGCAAUCAAAUGACGUAGCAUCCCUUGUAUCUUUCUUCAAAACCUCAGAACAACCUGCGUUUGCUGCAGUCGAGUUGUCCAAGCUACAUGAUAUUGGAGAGCAAGGAGGACGAUACAGUGAAGAAUACUUGGACAUUGCUGAUGAAAUCCGUGCCUUGUUGCAACAACUCAUAGACGACGAUCGCUUUACCGUGGCGGUUCUUACCUAUACCUCCCCUUCAGUGAACAAACGAGCUGCACCUCAAGAAACUCAGGCACCUCUCCCUCCAUCAGAUAAGCUACCCCCACAACAACCUAUUGGAUCGAUUUCGACCUGUUUUACGACCUUGGACGCCUGUAAUAACGGCACCUCUACUUGCUCAGGCAGAGGCCAAUGCCUCCAAGCUUCAAAGGCUGGGCGAACAUGUUUUGUAUGCAGCUGUGGCAUAACAACCACUGGAGAGGGAAACAAAAUCAAGACUGAUCACUGGGCAGGCGAAAGCUGUGAACGUAAGGACAUCAGUGGUCCAUUUGUUCUACUCACUGGAACUGUGAUCGUGAUUAUUUUGCUCAUCGUUGGCUCCAUUUCUCUACUUUACACUGUAGGGGAUCAACCCUUGCCAAGCACCCUGUUAGCAACUGCUGUUCCUACCAAAAAGGAAUGA